AUGUCAGCGCUUGAUGUCGAGGCUCUCCUCGAUUCAACGGCAAAUGCCACGCCUGUCGACCAAAACGGGUCUGCGAAGUCUAAGGACAACGAUGACCGUCAUAAAAAUGAGCGUAAUGACCGACGCGAUAGAGAACGAACCCGUGAUGGUAGCAGAGACCGUGAUCGAGACCGAAAGCGUAGAGACCGCAGCAGAACCAGAAGAGACACGAAUGGAGAUAAAGAGUUGAUUGGAACACCUACAAGCGAUCAUGGCAGCGCUCAGGGAAGUGUCAAGAGUAGGCGCAGAAGCAGAAGCCGCGAAGAUGAGCGCCGACACUCACGCCGCCAUAGAGAUAGUCCCGACGAAGGAGGUCGCAGAGACGGUGAUUUCUAUAGAGGAAAUGGCCGUACUCGCUCCCGAUCCAGAAGCCCGAACCGGUACUACCGUCCUCGUGGAGAUCGUCGAGAUCGAGAUGAACUAGACGGUGGUAAAUCAAGAGAUGACCGGCGAAGCAGAAAUGAAGGGCGACGUGCAAGUAGAAGCCCGAAGAGAGAGAGCACACCCCCAUUGACUGAAGACGAGCGUGAUCGACGCACAGUCUUUGUUCAGCAACUUGCUGCUCGUCUGAGGACUAAAGAACUGAUAGCAUUUUUUGAGAAAGUUGGGCCGGUCAAGGAGGCACAGAUUGUGAAGGACCGCGUUAGUGGUAGAUCCAAAGGUGUUGGCUACGUUGAGUUCAAGAAUGAAGAAUCGGUCCCUGCUGCUAUACAACUCACUGGUCAGAAGCUCCUAGGAAUCCCCAUAAUCGCCCAACUCACCGAAGCCGAAAAGAAUCGUCAAGUCCGCAACCCAGAAGCUACAGGCAGUAACCCAAACCAGAUUCCCUUCCACCGACUCUAUGUGGGUAAUAUCCAUUUCAGCAUCACUGAAAGCGAUUUGCAGAAUGUAUUCGAGCCUUUUGGUGAGCUUGAAUUCGUCCAGCUACAAAAGGAAGAACAAGGUCGUAGCCGCGGUUAUGGAUUUGUGCAGUUUCGAGAUCCUAAUCAGGCUCGUGAGGCUUUAGAAAAGAUGAAUGGUUUUGAUCUCGCUGGUCGACCAAUUCGUGUUGGUCUUGGAAACGAUAAGUUUACUCCUGAGUCUACCGCCAGUCUUCUGCAGAGAUUCCAAGGACAGAGCCACCAACAACAAUUCCAGGGUUCUGCCUUCUCCGGCGCUGGUGGCCGUGGUCCACAAGCAACCAGUGGAGGUAAUUUUGAUCGUGCCGGCGGCCGUGACAACGACAAAGGCUCGGGAGGUGCUAGUGCCUUGGACGAUACCGAUGUCGGCGGAGUAAAUUUCAACAAUUACAGUCGAGAUGCAUUGAUGAGGAAACUUGCCAGAACAGAUGAGCCUGCUCCUGCCACCAAGGGCCGCGACGAGAAGCGCGAGAUCGCCAAACCAAAGGUCGAAACCAAGCAGUUGCCAGUAAAUGUCAACAUGGCAAGCCGAUGUGUUGUUCUUAAGAAUAUGUUUGACCCUGCAGAAGAAGAAGGUGAUUCCUGGGAGAAGGAGCUAGAGGAUGACGUUCGCGCAGAGGCAGAAGAGAAAUAUGGCCACGUUGUUCACAUUGCUCUAGAUCCAAACUCGCAGGGCGACAUCUACCUAAAAUUCGAUCGGGUUCAGGGAGGAGAGAACGCUAUCAAGGGUCUUAAUGGCCGAUACUUUGGUGGUCGUAUGAUCAGUGCUACACCUGUUGUGGAUGCAGUCUACAGCAGUUUGUUCUCACGCUCAAGGGCCAUUUAA